AUGGCCGCGUCGACGCCGUCCACGCCGCCGCAGAGCGAGAAGAAGCUGAGCCGCACGUCGCUGCAGCUCGGCACGUCCGCCGCACACGACACGCACGAGGAGUUGCCGCGCAAGGUCGACGUUCAGGACGAGAAUGCGCGUCUUGCGAACCCGCUGAAGGGCUUCACUCGUGCCGAGUGUGCCGAGCGUGCGCGCCAGUGGGCCGACGAGGCCGGCCUGAGCGAGGAGCGCGACCUCUUUGCGCGCGCCGCCAUCGUGGCGCAGAACCCGACGCUCUUCGAGGAGGCGCCCGAGCUCACCGAGGAGGACAAGGAGGCACUGCGCCGCGAGCGCGACCACCCGUACCGCCAGCCCAAGGCACUCUGGCUGCUCGUGCUCUCCGUCUCGCUCUCCGCCGCCGUGCAGGGCAUGGACCAGAGUGUCAUCAGCGGCGCGCUCCUCUUCUUUCCCGAGCAGUUUGGCAUCGAGGACGAGUACGGCGGCUGGGUGACGGGCAUCGUCGCCGCCGCACCGUACUUUUCGUGCGCACUGCUGGCCUCGUUCCUCACUGCUCCGCUCAACAACUACUUCGGCCGCCGCGGAACCAUCGCCAUCACCUGCGCCAUCGCGUCGAUCACGUGUAUCUGGAGCGCGGUCACGGAUUCGUGGUGGCACCUCAUGAUCGCUCGCAUCGCUCUCGGCGCCGGCAUUGCUCCCAAGAGCGCGACGACUCCGAUCUACGCAGCCGAGACCGCACCUGCGAAGAUCAGAGGCGCUCUGGGAUCGCAGUGGCAGGCCUGGACGGCAUUCGGCAUCAUGCUCGGAUACGUCGCCUCCAUCGCCUUCUACUUCGUGCCCGACCAGGGCGGCAUCGUAGGCCUGCGCUGGCGUCUGAUGCUCGGCUCGGCCGCUAUUCCUCCGCUCUUCGUCAUUUCCCUGAUCUUCUUCUCACCCGAGUCACCUCGAUGGUAUAUGUCGAAGGGCCGGAAGGCAGAUGCAUACUACGCCAUGCGCAGGAUCCGCAACACGCCGCUCGAGGCCGCGCGCGACCUCUACUUCGCGAGCGAGCUGCUCCAGGCAGAGCGCGAGAUCAUGCACGGGCAGAAGUCGCGUAUCGGACUCCUCGAGCUCUUCGCCACUCCUCGCAACCGCCUGGCCGCUCAGAGCAGCAGCUGGACGAUGCUAAUGCAACAGUUCUGCGGGAAGUUUGGAGAGAAUCGGGGCGGUGUCAAUGUGGUUGCUUAUUAUGGCAGUCAAAUCUUCUUCGAGGCUGGAGCAACAGAGGUGGGCGCGCUGGCCGCGUCGCUCGGCUGGGGCACCCUCAACUGGCUCGGCGCGAUUCCCGCAUUCUGGGCCAUCGACAAGCUCGGCCGCCGCACGCUCCUGCUCAUCGGCUACCCCCUCAUGGGCUGCGCACUCUUCAUCACCGCUUUCUCCUUCCUUGCGCCUAGCGAGACGGGCCGCGUUGCUGGCGUUGCUCUCGGCACGUACCUGCACUGCCUCUUCUACUCGCCUACCGCAGGCCCAGUCCCCUUCACAUACAGCGCGGAGUGCUAUCCGCUCAAGGUCCGCGAGAGCGGCAUGAGCCUCGCCGUCGCCGUGUGCUGGUUCUUCAACGGCGUGCUGUCGCUCACGUGGCCGGCGAUGCGCAACGACCUGACGCCGACGGGCGCGUUCGCCUUCUACGCUGCCUGCAACAUGGCUGCCACCGUCUUUACGUACUUCUUGCUGCCCGAGACGAAGAGCCUGACGCUCGAGGAGCUCGACGCCGUCUUCUCGGUCAGCAACGCCGAGCACGCGGCGUACCAGGCGCGCCUCAUUCCGUACCACGCCGGCCGCCUCGUGGGCCGCCGCAACAUCGACAAGGGCGAGCCGCUGUACGCGCACGAGAAGCUCACGCUCGAGGAGCGCAGGGCUAGAGGCACGAUUGCGCCCGCCGCUGCUGGCCGUGAGUAG